CUGUUUGUUCCCACCGAGCUGUGCUUUAGGAAGCUGGCCAGCCGGGCCUCCUUUAGGUGCGCUGCAGCCUUUUUCAAAGCGAGUGAAUGUGGCCCGGCCCCUACAGUUCGCCAGGCCCGCUGUAAAAGGGUUAGAUUUCAGUCUGUAGACGAUCAGUGGGAAGGCCUUUCCUAGGAGGUAACCAGAACAGAGAGCUGUAAACUCCGUGAAUGCAAGAGGCUGCUUCUGUUACCUGAGUGGUUCUCACUCAUCUUUGCCUUCCUUACCUUGUGAUCUCACCAUUCCAGAUUGAAAUCAUGGCAGGUCCAGAAAGUGAUGCGCAAUACCAGUUCACUGGUAUUAAAAAAUAUUUCAACUCUUAUACUCUCACAGGUAGAAUGAACUGUGUACUGGCCACAUAUGGAAGCAUUGCAUUGAUUGUCUUAUAUUUCAAGUUAAGGUCCAAAAAAACUCCAGCUGUGAAAGCAACAUAAAUGGAUUUUAAACUGUCUACGGUUCUUAACCUCAUCUGUUAAGUUCCCAUGCCUGGAGAAGCUAAUGCCAACUCAUCAUGUGAUAAUUCAAUUUGUACAAUAAAUUAUGAACCUGGAAAA